AUGGAAGAGACAUUAUUAGAGUUCCCAGUCUUCAUUGAAGAAACGCAGAGCGUCAUCACAUUAUUUCUUACUCAAGAAAUAAUUAAUAAAGUUCAAACAGAAAUCAGUAAGCAGAAUAAUUCUACUGACUUCUCAAGUUCUUUAGAAAUUAGUCAGCCUUCAUCAGCACUGUCUGAAAAUGUUGAUUCCGAAGAAAAUGAUUGUUCGACGAAUACAAAAGGAUUUGUAUGGCCUGAUACUGCAGUAUAUUUACUAUUAGAAUUGUAUGGGGAGAAAGAAUCCGACUUCAAUUCGGGAUUUAAAAGAAAUGCUACUAGUUGGGCUGAAUUAGCGGAAAAAAUGAGAGAAAAUUCCAACGGAAAAUACGCUGUAAUUGGGUUGCAAAGCUCUGUAAAGAUGUCUGGUCUUAAAAGGACAUUUAAAAACAUAAGCGAUCAAAAUAAAAAGAGUGGAAAUUGUCAGAAUACACUUUUAUUCGGUGACUCAAUUUUUGGGAAAAAGGCUUUUGUGAUGCCACCUGUAAUUGCAUCAAGCGAAGGUCCAGUUAAGCCAACAAAUGUGACAGAAUCGACAGUAGCAGAAUCACCUUCAUUGCCAUCUAAUCCAAGCAGAGAGUUGAAACUGUCCUGGAGAAUUUCAUUGAUGAUAUAAGACAAGAUAGGGACACAGCGAUGGCCAAAAGAGAAGAAGAGAGGAAAGAACGUGAGAAAUUAAAAACAGCGGUAUAUCGAGCGUAAAGCAGAACAAAGGAAAAUUCAUGAAGAGAAAAUGGAGAUACAAAAAUCAUUGAUUGAAAUUAUGAAACUUUUAAUUGAAAAGCAAAAA